AUGGCUGAGUUACUAUUUCCACAACUGGAGCGUCCUUUGCCAUCGUUACCUUCGCUGCACUACACCCUGUUUGCCUACAGGGAGGAACUGAGACGAAGGGAUUCCCCCUUUAUGAAGAUGUCCACCAUCAAGCUCCAUUUGACGGACAAUUUGAUUCUGCAGACGAUCAAAAAUAUACGCCAAUACGAUACCAUUGAGAUUAUGAAUCUCAAUCGGGAGAUAACCUUCAAGAGGCGAUUGACCAAGCAAAUGCGAAAGGUUCGGAAACUGGAGAAACUUGGACUGAACAUUGAUCCACGGAAACUCGGCGAGAACUCUGGCCAAUGGCACUGA